CGGGCGCCUGUCAGCUGACGUCCCGCAUGUCGUACUGCCUCCGGAGCUGCAGUGUGCAGCUGCGUCGGCGCCGGGAGGACUGCAUGCUAGCGCCGGCGUCAGCGGAGGUGCCGGCAGCGGUGGUGUGGACGUCUUGUUGCAGCUGGCGCGCCGUCGCGGUGUGGUCUGGCCGCCAGACCUGGACGGCUCGGCGGCGGCAGCCAUUGCGGCGGCCGCCGUCCUGACUGCUAGGGAUCCGCCACUGGCGGCGGCGGCGGCGGUGUCGACAGCUGCAGCGGUUGCUACGGGGCCGGAGGCGGAGGCGGGCUCCUCUGAUGCCGGGCUGGUGCGUGCGGCCGCUGCCAUCCUGCGGGCGAGUGCGGAAGCUGCGGAGCGGCGCUGGCAGCGGCGGUUGAUGGCAACGGCAGGGACGGUAGCUUUGGGAGGACGACAAGGAGCGCAUGUCUGCGGCAUUCACAAGACCGACCCCUGGGUCGUCCUGAACGCUCCAACAGUGCGGGCAGUGCGCUAGGCGCUGCAGCUGGCUCCGCCACAUCUGCAGCAGCCAUCACCUCAGGAACGGUGAUAAGGGCUGCUGCCCCUAGCAUGGAGGCGCCAGCAGCGACCCAUGGGUCAGGAGCGACAGCCCACAACCUCCCUUCGGAGGUACUGCCGCUGACGGCGGCUAUGGCAGCGGCAGGUAAUGCUGUGGGGGCGCCUCUCCCUCCCCCGGCGGUAUCCGCAGCCUUCUAUCGUCGGAGCUUCAGUGAUACAGAGCUGGUGUUCGACGUGGUGGAGCAGCUGAUGAGGGCCUCCGCGGCAGCCGUGGAGAGGGCGUCGGCGUCGGGGUGAGC